AUGGCGCCCAACACGGAUCAUGAGCCGCCGAAUCCAAAUCAGAAGACGCUCCACGUCUGGUCGAAGCCGAUAGCGCAGAAUGAUGGGCAAUCGACGGGAGGUCAGCAGGAGGCUCAAGAGGCCGGCACAGCAGCGGCCAAUGCGCGACCGACAAUCUCGGAGGCCGUGUCGAUGAUCAAGACGGAAGACUUUGCCACCGUCGCGACGACACCCUGCGCACGACAGGGGUUCCUGGCCGGCAUCGCUUCGGGCGCCGGACUCGGCGGCUUGAAGUUUGUUCUCCACGGAAAUGCGACCAAAGCGGCCAACUGGGCCGUCGGGUUUUUCCUGCUGGGAAGCACGCUAUCGUACGAAUACUGUCAGUAUCGGCGGCGGGCGGAACGUAUCCAGAUGAAGCGCCACAUCGAGGUUGUGUCGGAGAACAGAAGGGAGUUGGCGCGAAAGGCAGCGGAGAAGCAGAGGGAGCAGGCCGAGCAGGAGGCGGAGAGGAAGGCUGGGCAGAAAGCUUGGUACAAGUUUUGGUAG